CUAACCUCAAACAUUCCUGAAAAUGUCAUGGAAAUAGAAAUCGGAGAAAUUAAAAAGAAUAACAAUGCAAACAACACCAACAUUCCCACGUUGGACGAAAAUGUUUCGUAUGAUUUCUUCUUCCAAAACCACAUGUAUCCGAACAUACCGUGCCUCAUUAAAAAUGUGACCACAGGCUGGGAGUCGGCCAAUAAAUGGACAAUCAACGAUCGGCCAAAUUUCGACUAUUUAUCAAACCAAUACGGCAACUUUCAAGUGACGAUAUACAAAUGCAACGAAAAAUAUUUCAACUCACAGAAAACCUAUCAAAGUACCUUUAAAAGUUACUUGGACAACUGGAACAAGUUGAAAACGCAAAAUCAGCUUCAUUAUCUCAAGGAUUGGCAUCUGAAACGAGAACGUCCUCAAGAUAAUUUUUACGUUGUUCCAAAGUACUUUGCAUCAGAUUGGCUCAACGAAUUCCUGGUGAACAACCAAGACGAUGACUAUAGAUUUGUUUACAUGGGUCCAAAAAAUACAUGGACCCCAUUUCACUCUGAUGUUUUCUCAUCAUUCAGUUGGUCUGUAAAUGUUUGUGGCAAAAAGAAAUGGUUGUUUUUCAAGCCGGGAGACGAGAACGCAAUGAGAAAUGAACUCAACAAUCUGCCCUACGAUGUGACGGCGACCGACUUUGCUGGUAAAUGCAUACAAAUCGUUCAAAGUCAGGGGGACGCGGUAUUCGUUCCCUCCUGUUGGUAUCAUCAGGUCUACAAUUUGGAAGACACAAUUUCAAUUAACCACAAUUGGAUCAACGGUUGCAAUGUUCAAUUUAUGUGGGAGGCACUGAAUGAACAUUUAAAGACAGUUGUCAGUGAGAUUGACGAUUGUAAAGAGAUGUCUGAUUUUGCAGAACAUUGUCAAUUAAUGUUAAAAGCGUCAUUUGGUAUCAACUAUUACAAGUUUUAUGAAAUGAUUAGGUACAUAGCAUUUAGCAGACUUGAUGCUUUAAAUUCGAAUGAAGACGUGAUAUUACAUAAUGGGUAUUGUUUAGGUAAAAACCAUUUGCAAUUCGAUUUAAAAGCGAUAGAAAACGUUUUACGAUCGUUUGCUUAUUGUAAUGAAGUGAUGAAUUUGAAUUACUUCAAAACUGUGGAUCCCCAUCCACAAAAAUUACUACUACAAAUUGAACACGCUUAUUAAGUAAUAAGCCAUGUAAAUAUUUUUUACCAUAAAUAUAUUUAUUUUUCUCUCAUAUAUAUA